AUGUCUUCUAUUUCACCAAUUGAAAGUGCUAAAAAAUUAGCAGCAUAUAAAGCAGUAGAUGAAAAUUUACCACCAAAUGCAAAAGUUAUUGGUAUAGGAUCUGGAUCAACAGUAGUAUAUGUAGCAGAAAGAAUAGGACAAAUUUUUAGAAAUAAAAAAGAUGAUAUAGUUUGUAUAUCAACUGGUUUUCAAUCAAAACAAUUAAUUAUAGAUAAUGGAUUAAAAUUAGGUACAAUUGAACAACAUCCAAUUUUAGAUAUAGCAUUUGAUGGAGCAGAUGAAGUUGAUCAUGAUUUAAAUUUAAUUAAGGGAGGUGGGGCAUGUUUAUUUCAAGAAAAAUUAAUUGCUUCAGCUUCUAAAAAAUUAAUAAUUGUUGCUGAUUUUAGAAAACAAUCUACAUAUUUAGGAGAAAAUUGGAAACAAGGAGUACCUAUUGAAGUUGUUCCUAUUGCUUUCACAAAAUUAAUUAAUGAUUUAAAAGAUUUAGGAGCUUUGGAAGUUAAUUUAAGACAAGGUGGUAAAUUUAAAGCAGGACCAGUUAUAACAGAUAAUAAUAAUUUUAUAUUAGAUGCAAAUUUUGGUAUUAUAAAAGAUCCUAAAAAUUUACACUUCAAGUUGAAGUCAUUAGUUGGAGUAAUUGAAACUGGAUUAUUUACUGAAAUUACUGAAAAAGUAUAUUUUGGUGAAAAUAAUGGAGAAAUAAGUAUUUGGGGUGGUGAUAACAACAAGAAUACAGAAGAAAAUGUUAAUGUUGAUACAGUUAUUGAAGAAUCGAAAUAA